AGCCAAUAUCCGUGGUCGUGUCCCGGUAUCUGAACCUCCUCUGUGUGGUCAUCUUGUUUAUAUGGUGGGUGUGGACAUAUUACCAUAUCCUGGUUUCACAAUGUACCUUACAGGAGUGUUGGUAUUUACUGUCUAUAGGCUACAGGAUAAUCACUGUGGGUUCUCUAUUGAGGUUGAACACUGCUGUAGAUUUGACAGGAUGACGGUGGAAGUGGUGACUGUUGCUUGAGCUAUACAGCAUGACAGAGGAGAGUACUCCAGGCUGUCAGGAAAUACUUCAGGAAUCUCUUCUUUCAGUGUAAAGAACUGCCAAAAUACCCAGGAAUUGUCUUCUAAUUGGCUGUUGAGAUGAGACCAAGAGGUGAGAUCUCUGUCUUUGCACGGCAUGGGAAUAUUUUAAAUAAGUUGAAUGUGAUUGAGUGUGGAAUUUGCAUUAUCUCACAUAUGUGUUGUUGUGGUUAUGGUUGCUAGACCUUGUGUAUGCUGUUACUUUCCUCAUCGUCAUCCUUGUUAUAUGGGGAAUCUAUACCAACCCACCCUACAUACAUGAGAGAGCCAGGAUUGUACAACAACAUAUCUUUGGUAAGGUUGCUCUUUCUCCAUAUCUAUUUCUGUGUAUCUCUUUUGCCCUCUACUUAAUCGUUUUCCCCCUCGGUAUAAUAGCAUUGUGUUGUGUAUUUCUUAUUUCAGGAGCUCAAAAAGAAACUGUGGUCACUGCUGGUAAGUGUUUCAAGCAUUCCCAUUUCUGCUAUUUCCCCAUCUAUCUCAAUAGUAUCUGUCAUUCUUCAUAGUUGAACAUGCCGAAUGUUCAAUACAUGCCGAAUGCUGAAUAUGCCAAAUGCUGAAUACAGUAGAAUUUGAUCCUUUCUCCUAAGUUAAAUAUUCUGCAGGAAUAAUUUAUUAUGAAGUAAAUAGUUGAAUUUCAAAGUGAUACAGACAGUUCAGAAGUGUCUCGUAUGAUGUCUGAAGUUUUCUCUUUGUCCCUGAUACAUGUAUCAGAACCCUCAGUCGCCUAUCAGUCAGUAAUCUUUAGCUAUUCACAACCUCCCUCACUUCUUGUAAGGAACCCAGUACUCUGUUUCAUCAGAUUUAGGAAUGUGAUAGUGCUGGUUCUAAAGGAGAGAGACAUAGGAGGGGGUCCUACAUAUUAAUUAAGUCUGUCUCUUAAGUCUGCCAUAAUGUGAUUUUCUUAAAACUUUGCAUUAAUUGACACUUUGUAUCACACUUUGUAUCAUGUAUAACACUUUGGAUUUCAUCAGAAGAGGUUUGCGUCUACAUACCGUAGGUUGCUUGACGGCAAAACGGUACCGGAGCGCCAAGUCUAGGUCCAAAAGGCUUCUCAACAGCUUCUACCCCAAAGCCAUAAGACUCCUGAACAGCUAAUCAUAGCUACUCAGACUAUUUACAUUGCCCCCCCACCCCUACCCCAUCUCCCUCUUUUACGCUGCUGCAACUCUGUUUAUUAUUUAUGCAUAGUCACUUUAACUCUACCCACAUGUACAUAUUACCUCAAUUACCUCGACUAGCCGGUGCCCCCGCACAUUGACUCUGUACCGGUACCCCCCUGUAUAUAGCCUCCCUACUGUUAUUUAAUUUUACUGCUGCUCUUUAGUUAUUUGCUUUUUAUUUUUUUACUUAACACUUUUUCUAUUUUACAUUGUUGGUUAAGGGCUUGUAAGUAAGCAUUUCACUGUAAUGUCUACACCUGUUGUAUUCGGCGCAUGUGGCAAAUACAUUUUGAUUUGAUUUGACUAGUUGUAUAUGAGACAUAUUAUAAGGAUGUCUGUUACAGCUUGAUGAGUAUGUUGUUUUCUCUGUUGGUUUGUAAAUAUAUAAUUUCAACACAAAUAUGUAUCUGUGCCUGUAUUUGUCAGCUGUGCCCAAAACCUCCCAUCCAAAAUGCAGCCUUUCCAAAAACUGCCCUAUCGACCAUUUUGCUUUUCAAAUCAGGAGUGGAGCAGCGACUGUUGUGGGCCCAAAGAUCUGCUUUGAUGGUAACAUGUACGUAUCUUCUUAACCAAUUUGCAUUCAUAUUGUAAACAGGAAUGGACAUAUUAGCUAGUGAUUAGUGAGCAAGAUUUGAUUGCAGCCGGUCCCUAAUUUAAACGUGGAUAUUUUCACCAAGCUUUUCCAUGACACCUCAGCUAUUGCACAUGUGGUUGCUGCUCCAGCUCUUGUGUUUGCAGUCUUGUGACAUGUGACUCUCAUCUCCAUAGUGUUAUGAGUGGUGUGAUGAACAACGUGGGACCAGGCCUGAACCUAGUGCUGGUGAAUGGUGAGUUCAGCUUCUCCUAACUUCACCACACAUAUGUUAUGAUGCAAAUAGACACACUGCUAUGGAGUGAAUGAUUGGAUUGUGCAAAAGGGAAAUGGGAUCAGACAUACCUGACUUGUUAUACAAUGUGCAUCUCUUGUUUUCUUAGGUGAAAAUGGGAAGAUUGAAACAUUUGACUUCUUUAACAUGUACUCUGGAGGUAAGGGCAGUUAUAAGGAUGCAAAAUUCAAAAGGCACUCGCACAUCUGAGCAUUUUUUAUUUUUUUUAUUUUUUAGGGGAUAGAUCAGCUUUAAUAUUGCAGAUAAAUUGUAACUUCCAUCAAUGUAAUUCUCUGCAUCACUUCCAAUCCCCCAUAUGUUUUUUUCUCUCGCAUAUACAGUGGGGAGAAGAAGUAUUUGAUACACUGCCAAUUUUGCAGGUUUUCCUACUUACAAAGCAUGUAGAGGUCUGUAAUCUUUAUCAUAGGUACACUUCAACUGUGAGAGAUGGAAUCUAAAACAAAAAUCCAGAAAAUCACAUUGUAUGAUUUUUAAGUAAUGAAUUUGCAUUUUAUUGCAUGACAUAAGUAUUUGAUACAUCAGAAAAGCAGAACUUAAUAUUUGGUACAGAAACCUUUGUUUGCAAUUACAGAGAUCAUACGUUUCCUGUAGGUCUUGACCAGGUUUGCACACACUGCAGCAGGGAUUUUGGCCCACUCCUCCAUACAGACCUUCUCCAGAUCCUUCAGGUUUCGGGGGCUGUCGCUGGGCAAAAUGGACUUUCAGCUCCCUCCAAAGAUUUUCUAUUGGGUUCAGGUCUGGAGACUGGCUAGGCCACUCCAGGACCUUGAGAUGUUCCUUACGGAGCCACUCCUUAGUUGCCCUGGCUGUGUGUUUCGGGUCGUUGUCAUGCUGGAAGACCCAGCCACGACCCAUCUUCAAUGCUCUUACUGAGGGAAGGAGGUUGUUGGCCAAGAUCUCGCGAUACAUGGCCCCAUCCAUCCUCCCCUCAAUAUGGUGCAGUCGUCCUGUCCCCUUUGCAGAAAAGCAUCCCCAAAGAAUGAUGUUUCCACCUCCAUGCUUCACGGUUGGGAUGGUGUUCUUGGGGUUGUACUCAUCCUUCUUCUUCCUCCAAACACGGCGAGUGGAGUUUAGACCAAAAAGCUCUAUUUUUGUCUCAUCAGACCACAUGACCUUCUCCCAUUCCUCCUCUGGAUCAUCCAGAUGGUCAUUGGCAAACUUCAGACGGGCCUGGACAUGCGCUGGCUUGAGCAGGGGGACCUUGCGUGCGCUGCAGGAUUUGAAUCCAUGACGGCGUAGUGUGUUACUAAUGGUUUUCUUUGAGGCUGUGGUACCAGCUCUCUUCAGGUCAUUGACCAGGUCCUGCCGUGUAGUUCUGGGCUGAUCCCUCACCUUCCUCAUGAUCAUUGAUGCCCCACGAGGUGAGAUCUUGCAUGGAGCCCCAGACCGAGGGUGAUUGACCGUCAUCUUGAACUUCUUCCAUUUUCUAAUAAUUGCGUCAACAGUUGUUGCCUUCUCACCAAGCUGCUUGCCUAUUGUCCUGUAGCCCAUCCCAGCCUUGUGCAGGUCUACAAUUUUAUCCCUGAUGUCCUUACACAGCUCUCUGGUCUUGGCCAUUGUGGAGAGGUUGGAGUCUGUUUGAGUGUGUGGACAGGUGUCUUUUAUACAGGUAACGAGUUCAAACAGGUGCAGUUAAUACAGGUAAUGAGUGGAGAACAGGAGGGCUUCUUAAAGAAAAACUAACAGGUCUGUGAGAGCCGGAAUUCUUACUGGUUGGUAGGUGAUCAAAUACUUAUGUCAUGCAAUAAAAUGCAAAUUAGUUACUUAAAAAUCAUACAAUGUGAUUUUCUGGAUUUUUGUUUUCGAUUCUGUCUCUCACAGUUGAAGUGUACCUAUAAUACAAAUUACAGACCUCUACAUGCUUUGUAAGUAGGAAAACCUGCAAAAUCGGCAGUGUAUCAAAUACUUGUUCUCCCCACUGUAUAUAUAUAUAUAUAUAUAUAUAUAUAUAUAUAUAUACAGUGGGGGAAAAAAGUAUUUAGUCAGCCACCAAUUGUGCAAGUUCUCCCACUUAAAAAGAUGAGAGAGGCCUGUAAUUUUCAUCAUAGGUACACGUCAACUAUGACAGACAAAUUGAGAAAAAAAAAUCCAGAAAAUCACAUUGUAGGAUUUUUAAUGAAUUUAUUUGCAAAUUAUGGUGGAAAAUAAGUAUUUGGUCACCUACAAACAAGCAAGAUUUCUGGCUCUCACAGACCUGUAACUUCUUCUUUAAGAGGCUCCUCUGUCCUCCACUCGUUACCUGUAUUAAUGGCACCUGUUUGAACUUGUUAUCAGUAUAAAAGACACCUGUCCACAACCUCAAAUAGUUACACUCCAAACUCCACUAUGGCCAAGACCAAAGAGCUGUCAAAGGACACCAGAAACAAAAUUGUAGACCUGCACCAGGCUGGGAAGACUGAAUCUGCAAUAGGUAAGCAGCUUGGUUUGAAGAAAUCAACUGUGGGAGCAAUUAUUAGGAAAUGGAAGACAUACAAGACCACUGAUAAUCUCCCUCGAUCUGGGGCUCCACGCAAGAUCUCACCCCGUGGGGUCAAAAUGAUCACAAGAACGGUGAGCAAAAAUCCCAGAACCACACGGGGGGACCUAGUGAAUGACCUGCAGAGAGCUGGGACCAAAGUAACAAAGCCUACCAUCAGUAACACACUACGCCGCCAGGGACUCAAUUCCUGCAGUGCAAGACGUGUCACCCUGCUUAAGCCAGGCCCGUCUGAAGUUUGCUAGAGUGCAUUUGGAUGAUCCAGAAGAGGAUUGGGAGAAUGUCAUAUGGUCAGAUGAAACCAAAAUAGAACUUUUUGGUAAAAACUCAACUCGUCGUGUUUGGAGGACAAAGAAUGCUGAGUUGCAUCCAAAGAACACCAUACCUACUGUGAAGCAUGGGGGUGGAAACAUCAUGCUUUGGGGCUGUUUUUCUGCAAAGGGACCAGGACGACUGAUCCGUGUAAAGGAAAGAAUGAAUGGGGCCAUGUAUCGUGAGAUUUUGUGUGAAAACCUCCUUCCUUCAGCAAGGGCAUUGAAGAUGAAACGUGGCUGGGUCUUUCAGCAUGACAAUGAUCCCAAACACACGGCCCGGGCAAAGAUGGAGUGGCUUCGUAAGAAGCAUUUCAAGGUCAUGGAGUGGCCUAGCCAGUCUCCAGAUCUCAACCCCAUAGAAAAUCUUUGGAGGGAGUUGAAAGUCUGUGUUGCCCAGCGACAGCCCCAAAACAUCACUGCUCUAGAGGAGAUCUGCAUGGAGGAAUGGGCCAAAAUACCAGCAACAGUGUGUGAAAACCUUGUGAAGACUUACAGAAAACGUUUGACCUGUGUCAUUGCCAACAAAGGGUAUAUAACAAAGUAUUGAGAAACUUUUGUUAUUGACCAAAUACUUAUUUUCCACCAUAAUUUGCAAAUAAAUUCAUUAAAAAUCCUACAAUGUGAUUUUCUGGAUUUUUUUUUCUAAUUUUGUCUGUCAUAGUUGACGUGUACCUAUGAUGAAAAUUACAGGCCUCUCUCAUCUUUUUAAGUGGGAGAACUUGCACAAUUGGUGGCUGACUAAAUACUAUUUUUCCCCACUGUAUGUGUGUGUGUGUAUAUAUAUAUAUAUAUAUAUAUAUAUAUAUAUAUAUAUAUAUAUACAUCUGAGCUAUCUUUGUUGUAGGUGCAUGGUAACAGUUGAAUAAGAUGAGAAAAAUAAGAAACCCACAAACUGCUCUUUAUUAAGCUUUACGUAUCGGCCUCAAGGCCUUCGUCAGAGCUUCUAUAUUCUGAUCGAAAUGUAAAGAUAGAAAUGAUCUUGUUUUUUCAUCUAAAUGACUAUGUUUUUUGUUCUACUUUCUCCAAAAAGAAACAGCGGACAUCUUGGCCUUCUUAAAGACGAUUAAACCCGGAAUGAUUGUUCUGGUGGCAUCUUUUGAUGACGCAGCGACAAAGUAGGUUGAAAUUAGUGGUGGGCACCAAUAUCGAUCAUUUUUAUAUGAUAUCGAUAUAUUGUUUGAUAUUAAUAUAUGAGCAAGGCAUAUUGUGAUAACAGUUUAUCCUUCCUGUUAACCUACACUAUAAUGGAAAAAAGUAUAUAUGACUGUUUCUGUAUGCACAAAACCCUCUCACAGACCUUCUCACAGGCUGUAUACUUAGCAUGCCUGCUGAGUCAUCACCAGUAGAUGGGCCUCCCAUUGUAUUCAGACUGGGUGGGUAGGUUCCCAGAACAUUCACACCUGUUCCAAUGGGCAAACAGCAAACAGCUGUCUGGACUUCCCAGAGCAGAGACAGUUGUAAUGUUGUUUUUUUGCAAACCGAUAUGAUAUUGUAUCGAGAAAGAAAAUGCAACUGAUAUUGACAUAGAUUUUCCAUAUCGGUGCCCAUUUCUGGUUUAAAUAAAUUAACACGUUCAUAAAUCAACAUUCAUUUUACAUCCUAUUUUCAAAUUAGAACAGUCACACAUCCACUCUGACCCUCAAUCUCUCCUCAGGAUGAAUGAUGAAAUCAGGGACAUAUUUGUGGGACUGGGAAGCAGCAGUAUCAAGGAUGUCAAAUUCAGAGACAACUGGGUCUUUGCUGGAGGCGCUGGGACAGAACAGAAAAGCCCCUUUGAGAAGGUGAGAGAGCAUCUGUAGCAUCGACACUGUCUACUAUAAAUAUCAAGAUCAAUCAAUAUAAAGUCCUUAUUCUGUCCAGCACAUCUUUUACAAUACUACUGUACAUUAGUACUGUCUAUACUGUAGUAGUAUAUACUAUAGUACUGUGUAACUGAAUACCUAUAAGCUCUCUCUACUAUUGUAAUAAAGCAGAUGGUAUUAAUUAAUUAGGUUUACAUACACUUAGGUUGGAGUCAUUAUAACUAGUUUUUCAACCACUACACACAUUUCUUGUUAACAAACUAUAGUUUUGGCAAGUCGGUUAGGACAUCUACUUUGUGCAUGACACAAGUACUUUUUCCAACAAUUGUUUACAGAUAGAUUAUUUCACUUAUAAUUCACUGUAUCACAAUUCCGGUGGGUCAACAGUUUACAUACACUAAGUUGACGGUGCCUUUAAACAGCUUGGAAAAUUCUAGAAAAUGAUGUCAUGGCUUUAGAAGCUUCUGAUAGGCUAACUGACAUCAUUUGAGUCCAUUGGAGGUGUACCAGUGGAUGUAUUUCAAGGCCUUCCUUCAAACUCAGUGCCUCUUUGCUUGACAUCAUGGGAAAAUCAAAUGAAAUCAGACCUCAGAAAGAAAAUUGUAGACCUCCACAAGUCUGGUUCAUCCUUGGGAGCAAUUUCCAAACUCCUGAAGGUACCACGUUCAUCUGUACAAACAAUAGUACGCAAGUAUAAACACCAUGGGACCACGCAGCCGUCAUACCGCUCAGGAAGGAGACGCAUUCUGUCUCCUAGAGAUGAACGUACUUUGGUGCGAAAAGUGCAAAUCAAUCCCAGAACAACAGCAAAGGACAUUGUGAAGAUGCUGGAGGAAACAGGUACAAAAGUAUCUAUAUCCACAGUAAAACAAGUCCUAUAUCGACAUAACCUGAAAGGCCGCUCAGCAAGGAAGAAGCCACUGCUCCAAAACUGCCAUAAAAAAGCCAGACUACGGUUUGCAACUGCACAUGGGGACAAAGAUGGUACUUUUUGGAGAAAUGUCCUCUGGUCUGAUGAAACAAAAAUAGAACUAUUUGGCCAUAAUGACCAUCAUUAUGUUUGGAGGAAAAAGGGGGUUGCUUGCAAGCCGAAGAACACCAUCCCAACCGUGAAGCACGGGGGUGGCAGCAUCAUGCUGUGGGGGUGUUUUGCUGCAGGAGGGACUGGUGGACUUCACAAAAUAGAUGGCAUCAUGAGGAAGGAAAAUUAUGUGGAUAUAUUGAAGCAACAUCUCAAGACAUUAGUCAGGAUGUUAAAGCUUGGUCGCAAAUGGGUCUUCCAAAUGGACAAUGACCCCAAUUAUUAUACUUCCAAAGUUAUGGCUUAAGGACAACAAAGUCAAGGUAUUGGAGUGGCCAUCACGAAGCCCAAAAUGUGUGGGCAGAACUGAAAAAGUGUUUGCAAGCAAGGAGGCCUACAAACCUGACUCAGUUACACCAGCUCUGUCAGGAGGAAUGGGCCAAAAUUCACCCAACUUAUUGUGGGAAGCUUGUGGAAGGCUACCCGAAACGUUUGACUCCAGUUAAACAAUUUAAAGGCAAUGCUACCAAAUACUAAUUGAGUGUAUGUAAACUUCUGACUCACUGGGAAUGUGAUGAAAGAAAUAAAAGCUGAAAUAAAUCAUUCUCUCUACUAUUAUCUGACAUUUCACAUUCUUAAAAUAAAGUGGUGAUCCUAACUGACCUAAGACAGGGAAUUGUUACUAGGAUUAAAUGUCAGGAAUUGUGAAAAACAGAGUUUAAAUGUAUUUGGCUAAGAUGUAUGUAAACUUCCGACUUCAACUGUAUAUAGUGUGACAGGUUCUUUGAUGGAACUACAGUGUCUGAUGAUUUCCUAUCUUCUACUGUUUAGCUGGCUGCCAAUGAUCAGAAUGCCAAUAUUUACGGAAACUGGCCAGAGAUGGUGGAAAUUGCCGGCUGCUUCCCCAAGAAGGUCUGACUAGACAUCCCAUACAGAGAUCUCAGAGUAGGACUGCUGAUCUAGAAUCAUGUCUAUCCUGUCCAUGUAUUCUUAUUCAUUAUUAUGUAAAAGGCUAAACAGAUCCUGGAUCAGCACUCAUACUAUGAGGCAUUUUAUAAGUACAGGCCUUGAUAGACAUCCUAUGGAAAGGGAUCCAGACUGGCUUGAUGAUUUGAAGGAUUAAACAAACCACUGUUAGGAUCACUCAACAAUAAGGAACAACUUCUCUGUAAAGGCUGGGCAUUGUGUGUUUUUUCAAGUCAGAUUAUUAUGGUUACAGAAUUUGUGCAAAAUAGAGGAGUUUCAAAGUAUGCAAAACAAUAAAAUAAUGUUUUUAUAAGAAAUUCGAGAGAUG